CAGCCUUACAAACGGGUGUUUUUUUUUUCUUCCCUAACAUCAUCACUUCUUGCAUAUUCAUUAGUACACUUCCAUUGAAACUGUCGAUAUCCUGUGGCAACCACCUCUGAGAAACACAAUAUGGCGCCCAAGCAGAAACAGCCGUGCUUCGUCCUCGGCGUGGGCAUGACCAAGUUCAUCAAGCCGCGCGGCAAGGUCGACUACACCGAGCUGGGCUACGAGGCCGGCAUCAAGGCCAUGCUGGACGCACAGAUCACCUACGACGACGUCGAGCAGGGCAUCGCCUGCUACUGCUACGGCGACUCAACCUGUGGCCAGCGCGUCUUCUACCAGUUUGGCAUGACUGGUAUUCCCAUCUACAACGUCAACAACAACUGUUCGACGGGUUCCACGGGCCUCGCCAUGGCCCGCAACAUCAUCUCGGCCGGCGGCGCCGACUGCGUGCUGGUGGUGGGCUUCGAGAAAAUGAUGCCCGGGAGUCUGCAGAGCUUCUGGAACGACCGCGAGUCGCCGUUGGGGACCACCUACGCCAUGAUGGCCACGACGCGUGGCCUGUCCAAGGCCCCCGGCGCAGCCCAGAUGUUCGGCAACGCUGGGCGCGAGUACAUGGAGAAAUACGGCGCCACGCCCGCCGACUUCGCCGAGAUUGCUCGCAUCAACCACGCCCACUCAGUCAACAACCCCUACUCGCAAUUCCAAGACGUGUACACCCUCGAGCAGAUCCUGUCCUCGCCACAAAUCCACCCCCCACUGACCAAACUCCAAUGCUGCCCCACCUCGGACGGCGGCGCCGCCGCGGUCCUCGUCUCCCAAGCCUUCCUCGACGCCCGCCCGCACCUCGCUCCACAAGCGGUGCUCAUCGCAGGCCAACACCUCGCGACCGACGGGCCCUCCCUCUUCUCGCAGAGCGCCAUCGACCUCGUAGGCCGCGAGAUGACGGUACGCGCCGCGAGCGCCGCCAUGGCCGAGGCCCGGGUCGCGCCCCGCGACGUCGCCGUGUGCGAGCUGCACGACUGUUUCAGCGCCAACGAGAUGGUGGUGCUCGACGCGCUGGGGCUGGCGGAGCCCGGCCGGGCGCACGAGCUGGUCCGCGCGGGCGGGAUCACGUACGGUCCCGGGAGGAAGGUGCUGGUGAAUCCGAGCGGGGGGUUGAUUUCCAAGGGGCAUCCGCUCGGCGCCACGGGGAUCGCGCAGUGUGCCGAGCUGGUGUGGCAUUUGCGGGGGUGGGCGAAUAACAGGGCGGUGGAAGGGACGAGGUGGGCGCUGCAGCAUAAUUUGGGGUUGGGCGGCGCGGCCGUGGUGACGGUGUAUAGGAGGGCUGAUGGAAAGGAGGCGACUCUGGUGGACUCGGAGACGGUCGGCAGGGUGAAUGGGCUGGGUUAUAAUCCUGCUGUUGAGGCGAGGGGGUAUACGGCGGAACAGGCGAAGAAGGUUAGGAGUAGGGAGAUGACGCAUGAUUUUGCAUUGACGGCAACCCUGCCGAUGAUGAGGGCUGCGCAGGCCAAGGUGUAGGCGGAGAGUUUCUGCGUAGUGUUGAUGCCGGCGGUGAUAAGGGCCUGUUUCGCAAGACAGUUGAGGAUGGCUUUUACUCGUAUGAGCCGUGGGAGCUCCGCUGUAAGUUGAACGAUACUUCACAAUUCGCAAUCAGCUUGUAUGAGUCCGGC